CGAUCAUCGCCCGCCAAUCAGUCCCCACUCUGGCCUCCAUUGCGUGCAGGGACUACACUUGCUAAACCAGAGCGGGCAUAAUCUUCCGCCCAAGGCCCAUGGCAGAUAUAACAGGGCAACCCCUCCCUCGCAUGCCCAAGCUGCAAUACCGGAGCCCACCUCCCGCCCAUGGCAUGUCAUCAUCGUGGUCGUCUCGGAGUAUCCGCAAUCUGGAACCUCGAAAAUAUAACACCCCCGGCGCCCUACCAGCCGCAACAUCACGCGCUUCCUCGCUCGAUAUCCGCUCCUCUUCCGAAACAGCCAGCUCUACGUCACCCAGUCUGGCUUCCACAUCGUCCAGCGCGGGUAGCUCAUAUGAGUCCAAGUCAAGACCAAAGAAGAAGCCGGGCCUUAUGAGCUCGGUGCUCGGCUUCCUCUCCUUGAAAGAGCCGUCGCAAUUGGCUUUUGAACAGCUCGCUGAGCAACAACGCCAACAGAAUGGGAAGGCAACGCCAACGUCCGCGCCGACCAUUACUAGCCUGUCAGGCCAAAAGCUACCUGCCAGUGUUCCCAAAGUAAACUCCAAAUGGGAUGGCGUUCCCGACAAAGUGAAGAACCGGGACUCUGGCUCAAGUCAAUGGAGUAAGGACAGAAGCAGCAUACCAUCCCAGAACUCACGAGGUUCAUUGUCAAACUCUGAAUCUACAAUUCCUACGUCGGCCGGUGGCACUCGCAAUCCUCCGAAUUCAAUCGCGUCGCCUAUGACUUCCGUGACGAGUGUCUCUGCACACCAGGAUAACUCAUCCAUCCCGCCUGCUCCAGCAACCACCAUCGUCCCUGAGACCAGCUGGUACCUCCCGGACGGUGAUGAACCUAUAGCUUCUGGCGCGCUACCUCCAAAAUCUCUGAAGGAAGACUCAUCACAAGACCCAGUCGCAGGACAGCCACACGUGCAACCAGAGCUCGAGUCGGAUGUCGGCCGGCCAUCAGACGAAUAUUUCGACGCACGAUCCGACUCUCCGGCCUCAUCGAUCGACUCAGCAGACACAAUAGUCAGGGAUACAGCCGAAGCCAUCUUCAACGAACUGAACCACCGACCACACCAAGACUUCGCUGGAGAAGACUCACCCGCCACCCGCCCACCACCCGACAACGUCCCCUCGUCGCACGACUUCCUCUUCACCCCCCAACCGCCCCUUCCCCAGCAGCAACCACCACAAAUCGACCACUACACCCCCACACGCCCAAUCCAGAACUUCAGCCGGCCCAUGCACUCACCCCCCACCACACCACUAAACCCCAUCCGCCCAUCCCCCUACCGCAAAAUGCCAAAAACCUCCGGCCUCCCGACCCUCUACGAACUCUCCCUCGCCAGCGACGAGUCCCUCGAAACCGUCCGUGGUAAUAGUGAUGCGUACUCUAUCGCCCCGUCGUCCAUCGCCCCCUCGGAGCUGUCGGUUCAGUGGUACGAUUCCCCCCGUGAACGGCUGGGGCUGGGCGGUCGCAUCCGCAAGAACGAUGUCCUGCCGUGGGAGAUGAUGGGGAGUCCCGGCGGGAAGGCGAAGAAGAGUCGAUUGUCGAUGUUUGGGAAGGGGGCGAGGGUGUAGGUGGUGGUUGUGCGUGUUCUUCCGCCCGUCUCUCGCGCGUUCGCAUCGCCAGUUAUUACUGGGCAUAUGAUGACGACUUGUCUUGUCUUGUCUUGUUUGUGCGUUUAUUUGCUCGUUUAGAUACCCCGUUUCGCUUUGCGUACACGCUUAUUUAUAUUCAUAUACCUUCUUCACCUACUUUGACACAUACAUCUUCGCAGCGAGAAUACCAAUGGAACCACACUGUUUCGCCAACUAUACUCCCC